GAGGAACGUCACACGAGCUGUCCUCAAACCUCUCCAAACUUUUCACAGCCUGUUGCUUAUUCAUUGAGAUCAGGAGGAGUAAAUCCAUCCAGCCCAGAGAGAGAGUGAGAGAGAGAGAAAGAGAGAGGAACAUCCCUGCUCGGAACAUAGCAGCAAUGUGAAAACCAUUCACGGAGAAGCCCUGCAAACUUUACUGAAGCCUUGAGACCAAAAGCGGCUCUUUUCCUCCUUUCAUCUCCCAAGUCAAUUCCACAUAUGUUGGCCUGGCCAUGCAGCCUGCGGGAGAGCUGUGCAGUUUAGAACAGGCCAGGAAUGGACAGAGUUAGAGCUGUUCACAUCAGGAAGCAGCGUAGAGGCUCUGGAGAGAGGAACAGCUGGCAGAGGCCAUCCAGGCUGCCUCUUUGGUUUGGUUUUGCAAAUACUAGCCAUUAAAUCAUCCGCUCCUCUUUGGCCACAAUGACGGCCUGUGGCUUGUGCGACUGGUGGGCUGUGAUGGGCUGUGGGAUCUUUCUGCUGGUCCAUGGGCAGCAGCCACAGAGCAGCAACACAGACGGCAAUCGGUGGAGGCAGAUGAUCCAGUGGGAGAACAAUGGCAGGGUGUACAGCCUCUUGAAUACAGGGUCUGAGUACGUGCGCGCUGGCCAGGAGCCGGCGGAUGGCAGCACCAGGGUCCUGCUAGCUGACACCCCCAGGAGUCAAAGCAGAAGGGGGCAGGGGAACCUCAGGAGGCAAGCACCCACCUUGCCAGUCAGGGUGGGCUCCGACACCAUCCGGGGCCAGACACGGCACCCAUUCGGCUUUGGCCAAGUCCCGGAGAACUGGCGGGAAGGUCCCGUCGGAGACAGCACCAGCUCCCAGCGGAUCAGGCCAUCCACCAGCCGGCAACGACAGACCAGCUCCUCCGCUGCCACCGUCGCGGCCUCUUCUUCAUUCUCACACUCCUCCUUUGGGCAGCCCUCCUACUCACAGUUCCCCUUCCCCCAGCCCCCUUUUGGGAACCAGCAUGAGCCCUACGAUGCCCAGGUGUCUCGGGGCUAUGACGAAGGCUACCUGUACUACCGCAGCACAGGAAACGGAGGGGGCGCUGUUGCAUCAGCUGCUGCUGGUGUCGGUGUCCUAUACCCCUUCCAGUCCAGGGCACGAUAUGAGGAAUAUGGGGAGGACCAGAAUCCCUACCGAGCCCAAGGCUACUAUCCUGCUCCAGAGAGGCCCUAUGUCGCAGUGCCCCCCCAGCCCCAGCCUGCUGAUGGGCUGGAUAGGAGGUACUCCCACAGCUUGUAUCAUGACACUAGCGCCACUGCGGAGCAAGGCUUCCAAGAUCCUUAUUCAGCAAGUCAAAACCAGCAGCCAAUGGGACAAGGGGUCCCCACUAUGGACAACUUACAGCUCAGCCCGGGGUCCCCUUUGGGGGCCAGCCCUGGGUAUGGAACUGACCCACGAUUGGGGCGAUACCCCCCUUACGGUAACAUGCCACUGGAGCCCUAUGUCCCACCCCACAACGUGGAACCCCAGCCACCUUUCCGGAACUUGGAUCCCUAUGGGGCUCCGCGACCUGAACCCUACCUUCCUGUGAGGAGCCCAGAAGCCCCGCAAGUGAUAUCCGACAACCAAGCCCGGGUCAGCGUGGGCAGUGUUUACAGACCUCCUCAGAACGGACGGGGCCUCCCUGACUUAGUACCUGAUCCAAACUAUGUCCAGGCCUCCACCUACAUCCAGAGAGCUCACCUCUAUUCUCUCCGCUGUGCCGCUGAGGAAAAGUGCCUCGCCAGCACUGCCUACACCCCCGAGGCCACCGACUACGACAUCCGGGUGCUGCUGAGGUUCCCGCAGCGGGUGAAGAACCAGGGCACAGCAGACUUCCUGCCCAACCGCCCCCGCCACAACUGGGAGUGGCACAGCUGCCACCAGCACUACCACAGCAUGGACGAGUUCAGCCACUACGACCUGCUAGAUGCGGCCACAGGGAAAAAGGUGGCCGAGGGCCACAAGGCUAGUUUCUGCCUGGAGGACACCACCUGCGACUUUGGGAACCUGAAGCGCUAUGCCUGCACUUCACAUACCCAGGGCUUGAGUCCCGGUUGCUAUGACACCUACAAUGCCGACAUUGAUUGCCAGUGGAUUGACAUAACAGACGUUCAGCCUGGAAAUUACAUCUUAAAGGUUCAAGUGAACCCCAAGUACCUGGUGCUGGAGUCCGACUUCACCAACAAUGUUGUGAGGUGCAAUAUUCACUAUACUGGACGCUACGUUGCCACUACAAACUGCAAAAUUGCCCAGUCGUGAUCCACACAGGGAGGGGUGCAUAACACCUGACCCCACCUCCCAACCCAAAUUCAAUGCUUUCAAGAUGGCAUUUGAGAUGUCAGCUUCUGAGGUGCACGAUACAGUGGGGCAUCAGACGUUUCUCCAUUCCAGCAGCCCCUGGAGACAAAAAAAGUAUUUCUCAAUUUUAAGAACAUGAGGGAAAUGAGAGUGAUUAUUUUAAAUAUUUUUAUACUUAACUUUUCUUCAAUCUUUGGGGCUUUUCUCUGUUUCCACGUGGAGUUUGCUGAUGAUUUAGGUUAAAUAAAACAAGGGUUAUUACUGUACCAGGCACUACCAAUAUCUGUAGAUUACAUGCUGUAUCGGUAGAUAGCUCUGUAGUCUAAACUGUGCCCUGCUGUACAAUAUGGGGCUGUAUUUUUGUGCAGGUUUGCUGGUGACAUUACAAAUCCUAACCCCCAGCCCCACAGUAAGAA